AUGACCCAAAAAUGUGCACGACUGGGAGGCCAGAGAUCAGGACUCCCGGGGCGCUCCCCGACUGGCGGGGCGACCUUGGGGAGGCGACCCGGGGCCUGGCGAGGGGUCGAGCCUGCGUUACCCCUCAGGUCUGGUGGCGGUGUCGCUCMGAGUCCCUCCAUCCUUUCCUGCUGGCCCUGGCCAGAUUCGCCUGCGCUGGCUUCUGCGGAGGAGCCCGGGUUUGGGGUUUGGCUUCAGAGCCCCUGGCCGCCCAGGGGAGGCUCCCGGGGGCCACCUGGGGACCCGGGGAGAGGCCGGGCGCGCGAGACGCCGACCCUGCCUGGCUGCCGGGUGGCAGAAAGGGACGCCACCAGGGAGCCUCUCCCCGCGCUCCCGCACUCUGGAGCUCGGACACUGGGAGGCUCUGGAGCCCGAGAGGGGUUUGGGGGCGCGGGCGCCCGCGCGGUGCCUUGUCCCCAGCGGCUUCUCCCUUCCCCGCAGCCCAAAAUGAGGACGCCGUCCUGGCUGCUCUGCGCAGUGUCCAUCGCUCUUCCACUUUUUGUCCGAGCAGAUGCUUGCAAGGACAGGGAUAUGCAUCAUGAGGCAACAUCAGCAGACCAGCCCUUUGCCUUCAAUUGUACCAACCCUCCACUCACAUAUGGGGAAGUAAAUGUAGUGUGGUAUGAUGCCGCUAGCAAAGCUCCCAUUUCCAAAGACAAUCAGUCUAGAGUUCACCAGGAACACACCUGGAUUUUGAUUCUUCCCCUGAAACUGGAGGACUCGGGCAUCUACCUAUGUGUUAUAAAGAAUGCCAACAACUGUGUCAGAAUAUGGAUGAACCUAACUGUUUUUGAAAAACAUUGGUGUGACAAUUCCAGAAGGAGUCUACCCAAUUUAUCAGAUGACUACCAACAAAUAUUACGUACGGGACCCAGUGACAGUCUGACCUGUCAUCUGUACUUUCCAGAGACUUGUGUUUUGGGUCCAAUAAUGUGGUAUAAGGAUUGUAAAGAGAUCACAGAGACACGGUUUGUUCCUGUGGAAAUGAAGCUCGUUGUGUACGAUGUCUCUGCAGAAGACAGCGGGAGCUAUGCGUGCGCAGCCCAGCUGACCCAUGCCGGGAGAGCAUACAGGGUUCUGAACAGCAUCAACGUGAGCAUCGCAGGAAGAGUUGGAAAUGAAAGAAGAAUUCCUAAAAUAAUUUAUCCAAAAAACAAUUCCAUUGAAGUACAACUUGGCUCCACUCUCAUUGUGGACUGCAACAUAACAGAYUCGAAGGAGAACACCAACCUGCGCUGCUGGAGGGUCAACAAUACUUUGGUGGACACCUACUACAGGGAAUCCGAGCGCAUCAGAGAGGGCAUCGAAACCAAUGUUUCUUUUCCGGAACACAUUUUCUACACGGUAAACAUAACCUUCUUAGAAGUGAAAAUGGAAGAUUACGGACUUCCAUUCAUGUGUCAUGCUGGAGUGUCCACAGCCUACUUCAUGCUAACACACCCAGCUCCAGAUUUCCGCGCUUACCUGAUAGGAGGGCUGAUUGCUUUGGCCGUGGUGGUCACAUCUGUUCUGUGCAUCUACAAUUACUUUAAGAUCGACAUUGUACUUUGGUAUCGGAGUGCCUUCAGUUCCGAGAAGGCCAGAGAAGAUGGGAAGCUGUAUGAUGCAUACGUCUUGUACCCCAAGCCUCAAAAAGAAAGCCAGAGGCACGAUGUGGACACUCUGGUGCUGAAGCUGCUGCCCGAGGUGCUGGAGAGACAGUGCAGAUACAAGUUGUUCAUAUUCGGCAGGGACGAAUUCCCCGGACAAGCUGUGGCCCAUGUCAUUGAUGAAAACAUUAAGCUGUGCAGGAGGCUGAUCCUCAUYAUAGUCCCCGAGUCGCCCAGCUUUGGUCUGCUAAAGAACAUGUCAGAAGAACAAAUUGCCGUCUACAACGCCCUCAUCCAGCUUGGGAUGAAGGUCAUUCUGAUUGAACUGGAGAAGAUUGAGGACUACACCACCAUGCCAGAGUCGAUUCAGUACAUGAGGCAGAAGCACGGGGCCAUCCCGUGGAGGGGGGACCUCACAGAGUCAUCUCAAUGUGCCAAGACCAAGUUCUGGAAAAGAGUGAGGUACCACAUGCCGCCCAAAAGGUUCCCGCCUCCUCCAGUCCAGCGGCUGAAGCCCGUACCCUGCAAUUUCCCAGCCGGCAAAUGGAGACCAAGAUGGGGCUCAUCAGCCGCUGACGGAGAAUUGUCCCCUCUUGGUAUCUCGUGGCUGGCCAAGGAUGCAUUUCAUUUGGGCUGUCUGCCCCAAAGCUUGCUCUUUUGUACUGCUUGGUCUUGGUCUGUCCUGGAGGUCUGUCCUCCAAUGCUGGAGAAGCUGGGGACUGCAGGCUGGCUGAGGGCAGCUCSUAGGACAGUGCCUGGCUUGGAACCUGGCCACACCAGCCAGCCAGCUUGGAGCAGGGGCCACUCAUCGCAGGGAGCAGAAAAUCUGGACUCCCGUCGGGGAGUGGUCACCAGCUCACGCUUGUAG